ACUGGGAGCCUCCGGACGACGCCCGCAGGUCCCGAAUUCCACGCCGCGCGCCAUCCAGUCAGCGGCCUCGAGUCUUGCGGAUUCUAUAUUGCUCAACGCACCCGAGCUGGCACAUCCAGGUCUCCGAUCUGGCCACGCCGCUUCCGGCCAUUACAAACGUCGCCGGUUCCCCUAUACAUAAUAUCUUCACUGGAUCCCAGGACCUAAGUUGAGUCUGACCAUCUGCCGCGCCGCGGCUGUGGCCCUCACACAUUGCCCAACCGCCCAGCCCUCCCCCGCAGAAGGCUGCCGGGCCGGAGAAAGCCUAACCGGGUCUUACCCGCUUGGUUCCACCGCCUUAGGGCUCGCAGGAUGGAAAUGGAGGGCACAGGCAUGCAGGCUCUUGAUGAUACUGCACAACGGUACUCGUUCCUGUUCCCAAUCGGGUAUUCCUAUUAUGCCAUCGCAACAUCCCUGACGCCUGCCCUCUAUCAAAAGCUCGUGGAUCGAUGUUGGAGGCGCUCCGGAACUCUGCUGUACCGGCCGAAUCAGAAACACUCUUGCUGCCCACACUACACUCUGCGGCUGGACUCGGCCCAGUUCAAGCCCACAAAAGAUCAGCGGCAGGCCGUCAACCGAUUCAACCGCCACAUCCUCGGAGACAGCUAUGCCAGGGAGGCGGCCCGGCUGCACCCUCGGUCCCGCGCCGAGGCGAGGAGGCGCCACAACGUCUUUGACCUAGUCGAGAGGAUCCACGAGCCGGAGGCCGAGGUCCUCAAGUCCCCGCCGUCCCCAGACCACGUCUUCACCGUCACGCUCGAACCGGAUACGUUCACCGAGGAGAAAUACGCCGUUUUUGAAAACUAUCAGCGCAUCGUCCACCGCGAGCCGCCAAGCAAGAUCUCACGCAAUGGAUUCAGGCGCUUCCUGUGCAACUCACCGUUGCGACGAGGGAGCAUAGCCGGCCCGGACGGUAAGCAGCGCCCGCUGGGCUCCUUCCACCAGUGCUACCGCAUCGACGGGGAACUGGUGGCCGUGGGCGUGCUCGACUUGCUGCCAAACUGUGUCAGCGCCGUUUACUUUCUCUACCACGAAUCGAUCCACUGGCUCAACCCCGGCAAACUGGGCGCGCUCAGGGAGAUUGCCCUGGCCCGCGAGGCGGGCUAUCGCUGGUGGUACCCUGGGUAUUACGUGCAUAACUGCGCCAAGAUGCGCUACAAGAUCGAGUACAAGCCGCAGUACGUCCUCGAUCCGGAGGACUUGAGGUGGUACCUGCUGGACAAGGAGGCGCUGGCGCUCUUUGACAAGGGGCACUAUGUAUGUUUUUCAUCGUCGAGAAAGAGGCCUGAGGCAGGAGGCGGCCAUGGCAAUGGGCAGAGCAUGGAGGGCGUCGUCAACAGCAGUCCCUCGGCCUCUCACCCACCCGAAGCAGCCGUCCCCGCCACCCAAGAAGGUCUCUCUAUUAAACCCGCAGAAACCGCGUCUGAAGAGGAUGCCGAUACCAACACGCCCCAGCCCACUGAACACGGCUCCGGCUCCGACUCCGACGACGAAGAAGAUGAUGAGGAGGAGGAGGAGGAAGACAACGCGUUCCUCCUGACGAGCAGCAUGCCGGGCAUCCCGUCGCUCGAGCAGAUGCGCCACGUCGACAUGGACCGCUUGGUCCUGCGGUCCGAUUUCUCGGACAACCUGAUUGUGGCCUCGCACCUGGUCAUCUGGGAGACGGAGGACAUCGCGCAGUUUGGCUCGCUCAAGUCGCGCAUCGCCGAGCUCGUGGCGGCCGUCGGGCCGGACCUGGUCGGCGAGGUGUGUAUUGAUUUUCGGAAGAGGGGAGUUUCCGGCUGAAAACGCGGAUUACCUUACCUUACCUUGCUGUGGGCUUCUUUUUUGCGCUUUGCUCGGUCUUGGUUUGAUGAGGGAUAUGGGAGGGACUGGGGUGGGCGAGUUUGGGGGUUUCAAUGGGUGUUGGGGGGUUGUUGUCUAGGUAAGGUAGCGUACGGGGGUCCAUGUCGUUACUGGUUGCGUUAUUUACUGUAU